CACAGCCAUGGCGGGCAUGAAGACGGCCACAGGAGACUACAUCGACUCCUCCUGGGAGCUGCGGGUGUUCGUGGGCGAGGAGGAUCCUGAAGCCGAGUCUGUCACCCUGCGUGUCACAGGGGAGUCGCACAUCGGCGGGGUGCUCCUGAAGAUCGUGGAGGAAAUCAAGCGCAAACAGGACUGGUCCGACCACGCCAUUUGGUGGGAGCAGAAGAGGACGUGGCUGCUGCAGACCCACUGGACGCUGGACAAGUAUGGGAUCCUGGCCGACGCCCGCCUCUUCUUUGGACCCCAACACCGCCCGGUCAUCCUACGGCUGCCCAACCGCCGUGUGCUGCGCCUGCGUGCCAGCUUCUCCCAGCCCCUCUUCCAGGCCGUGGCCGCCAUCUGCCGCCUCCUCAGUAUCCGGCAUCCCGAGGAGCUGUCUCUGCUCCGGGCUCCCGAGAAGAAGGAGAAGAAGAAGAAGGAGAAGGAGCCGGAGGAGGAGGUGUAUGACUUGUCCAAGGUCGUCCUGGCUGGGGGCGUGGCCCCUGCGCUGUUCCGGGGGAUGCCAGCCCACUUCUCAGACAGCGAGCAGACCGAGGCCUGCUACCGUAUGCUGAGCCGUCCGCAGCCGCCGCCUGACCCGCUCCUGCUGCAGCGCCUGCCGCGGCCCAGCUCCCUGCUGGACAAGACCCAGCUCCACAGCAGGUGGCUGGACUCCUCGCGGUGCCUCAUGCAGCAGGGCAUCAAGGCUGGGGACAUGCUCUGGCUACGCUUUAAGUACUACAGCUUCUUCGACUUGGAUCCUAAGAUGGACCCCGUGCGGCUGACGCAGCUUUACGAGCAGGCGCGGUGGGACCUGCUGCUGGAGGAGACAGACUGCACCGAGGAGGAAAUGAUGGUGUUCGCGGCCCUGCAGUACCACGUCAACAAGCUGUCACAGAGUGGGGAGGUGGAAGAGCGGCCGGCCACAGACGCUGGGCUGGAUGACCUGGACGCAGCCCUGAGCAACCUGGAGGUGAAGCUGGAGGGGUCGGCGCCCACGGAUGUACUGGACUGCCUCACCACCAUCCCGGAACUCAAAGACCAUCUCCGGAUCUUCCGGCCCAGGAAGCUGACCCUGAAGGGGUACCGCCAGCACUGGGUAGUGUUCAAGGAGACCACCCUGUCAUACUACAAGAGCCAGGACGAGGCCCCUGGAGACCCCAUUCAGCAGCUCAACCUCAAGGGCUGUGAGGUGGUCCCUGAUGUCAAUGUCUCGGGACAGAAAUUCUGCAUCAAACUCCUGGUGCCAUCCCCUGAGGGCAUGAGUGAGAUCCACCUGCGGUGCCAGGACGAGCAGCAGUAUGCCCACUGGAUGGCCGGCUGCCGACUGGCCGCCAAGGGCCGCACCAUGGCGGACAGCAGCUACACCAGCGAGGUCCAGGCCAUCCUGGCCUUUCUCAGCCUGCAGCGGACUGGCGGUGGGGGCUCAGGCAAUAACCCCCAGGGCCCCGACGCCUCCACGGAGGGCCUCAACCCCUAUGGACUCGUCGCUCCCCGCUUCCAGCGCAAGUUCAAGGCCAAACAGCUCACCCCCAGGAUCCUGGAAGCCCACCAGAACGUGGCCCAGCUCUCGCUGCCCGAGGCCCAGCUGCGUUUCAUCCAGGCCUGGCAAUCCUUGCCUGACUUUGGCAUCUCCUACGUGCUGGUCAGGUUCAAGGGCAGCAGGAAAGACGAGAUCUUGGGUAUUGCCAACAACCGGCUGAUCCGUAUUGACCUGGCUGUGGGCGAUGUCGUCAAGACCUGGCGCUUCAGCAACAUGCGUCAGUGGAAUGUCAACUGGGACAUCCGGCAGGUGGCCAUCGAGUUUGACGAGCACAUCAACGUGGCCUUCAGCUGCAUAUCUGCCAGCUGCCGUAUUGUGCAUGAGUACAUCGGGGGCUACAUCUUCCUGUCGACGCGGGAGAAGGCCCGCGGGGAGGAGCUGGACGAGGACCUUUUCCUGCAGCUCACAGGGGGCCACGAGGCCUUCUAG